AUGGAGCUUGAUACAGCCGAUAUCAUCAAGAUGUUCGAAAGAUCGGACGUCGAAAUCCUUAACAGGGCCGGAGGUAUAGAAGGCCUUGCUGAAAUGUUCAAGACAAAUCUUGUCGAUGGUAUUUCCAAAGGUGAAGCCGAAAGCCACUACCAUGAUAGAAUUGAGCUUUACGGUAUCAACAAGUUACCAGAUCCACCACAGAAAACAUGGUGCCGCUUUUACAUUGAAACCUUCAAAGAUAUUACAUUGAAGAUUCUUUUCGUUGCUAUUUUUAUUUCUUUUGUAUUCGUUUUCGUUGUUCACUACAAACACCUUGAAUUCACAGAGUUUAUUGAUACCAUUUCUAUUGUUUUCGCCCUUAUGCUCGUUUCAUGCGUCACGGCGCAGACGAACUACCAGCAGCAGCAGGCAUAUCUCGAAAUCAACAAUGUCAAGAAUACUUUCCCCGUCACGGUUAUCCGUGCAGGCGAAAGACAACAAAUCUUGUCAACACAAGUCAUGGUCGGUGAUAUUCUUGAGCUCAAGGCUGGUGACGCUGUUGCCGCAGACUGUGUCUUCAUCAACGGCACUAACCUCACAAUCAACAACUCAGCCAUGACCGGUGAACCGAUUGGUGUCAAGGUCACACACAAGGAUCCAUUCCUCCGUGGUGGUGGUGCUAUUGAGAACGGUAUCGGUACAGCUCUUGUCGCCGCUGUUGGUCCAAACUCUCAGUACGGUGUUACAAUGACCACAAUCACAAACCUUGGUGCAACAGAGACAGAAACCCCACUUCAGAAGAAGCUCAACAAACUCGCUGUCCAACUUCUUUAUGUCGCUGUUGUUUGCGCUUCUGUUACAUUUGUUGUUGUUAUUGGUGAAUGGGUUGCUCAUCUCGUUAAGGCACUCAAGAGCAAGACAUUCAACAAGACAAUCAUCCAGGAUCUCCUUAACAGAAUCAUGACCGUCAUCACAAUCUUCCUUUGCUGCGUUCCAGAAGGUCUUCCACUCGCUGUCACACUUUGCCUUUCAUUCUCAAUGAAGAAGAUGAUGAAGGACCAGAACUUCGUCCGCCACCUUUCUGCUUGCGAAACAAUGGGUGGUGCUACAACAAUUUGCUCAGAUAAGACAGGUACCCUCACACAGAACAGAAUGACAGUCGUCAAGUUCUGGAUGGACGGUGUCGAACAAGAUGGUCAUCCAGAUCUUAUCGAAGAAGUCAAGGAGAGAUUAGCCGAAUCAAUCGCUAUUAACUCUACAGCUUCCCACACACUCAAGGAAGGCACAGACGAGGUCGUCUUUGUCGGCUCAUCCUCUGAAUGCGCUCUUCUCAAGAUGAUCUCAGAUCUUGGUAAGGAUUACAUGGAAAUCCGUGAACUCAACCCAAUUCUCUACCUCAACGAAUUCAACUCCGCCAGGAAGAGAAUGUCUACAGUCGUAUCAUCUGAAAACGGAUGCCACGUCUACUUCAAGGGUGCUCCAGAUUUCUCACUUCCACUCAUUUCUCACUACCUCGCUAACGAUGGCUCUGUCAAGGAGGCCAACCAAGCCUUCAAGGCAUCCGUCCUCGCCAAAGUCAACGACUUCGCUUCUCAGGCUUACAGAACAAUGCUUAUUGCAUACCGUGAAAUCGUUGGUGAAGAAUCCCAGCAGUGGUCCGAUCCAAACUUCGUCGAAUCAAAUCUUACAAUGAUUGCCUUAGUUGGUAUUCAGGAUCCACUUCGUCCAGAAGUUCCAUUGGCCAUCCAGCGCUGCAAAGAAGCUGGUGUCGUUGUUCGUAUGGUUACAGGUGACUUCAUUGCUACAGCUCGUGCCAUUUCCAAGCAAUGCGGUAUCAUUUCCAGCGAAACAGAUAUCGUCAUGGAAGGUGCAGAAUUCGCUUCCCUCUCCAAGACACAGCUCAUCGACAAGAUCGACAACCUCAGAGUUCUCGCUCGUUCCUCUCCAACAGAUAAGUACCGCCUUGUUUCUCUUCUCAUGGAAUGCGGUGAAGUCGUCGCUGUUACAGGUGAUGGUUCCAACGACUCUGCUGCUCUUAAGAAGGCUAACGUUGGUUUCGCUAUGGGUAUGUGCGGUACAGAACUCGCUAAGGUCGCUUCAGAUAUUGUCAUUCUCGAUGAUAACUUCUCAUCCAUUGUUUCCGCUCUCAAGUGGGGCCGUGGUAUUUACGAUAACCUCCGUUGCUUCCUUACAUUCCAGAUUCCAGUUAACUUCGUCGCUGUCGCCUGCGCCAUUGUCGGUUCCAUCGCUAUUGGUGACUCUCCACUCAAGCCAAUCCAAGUUCUCUGGAUGAACCUUAUCGAUGACUCUCUUGGUGCUCUCGCUCUCGCUACACGUCCACCAGCUGACUUCCUUCUCAAGCGUGCUCCAUAUGGUUCCAACGAUUCAAUUGUUUCCAACAUCGUCUUCCGUAACAUCGCUUUCCAGACAUGCUACCAGAUCCUUUGCUUGUUCCUCAUCCUCUUUGGCCACGAAAAGAUCUUUGGUGUUGUAGAUCCAACAGAAAACAAAUACAACACAAGCUCAUGGAUUUUCAACACAUUCGUUUACAUGAACGUUUUCUACCUCGUUCCUGCUCGUCGUGCUUCUAACGAUGGCUCUGUUUGGCAAGGAUUCUUCCAGAACUACUACUUCCAUGCCAUUCUCAUCUCUCUUGCUGUUGUUCAGAUUCCAAUCGUUUGCUGGUUCGGCCGUGCUUUCUACACAGUCAAGCCAACAACAAAGGAAUGGCUCAUCACAAUGGCUAUGUCAGUCGGAGCUUUCGUCUGGGCAUUCAUCACAAACGCUUGGCACCUUCCAGAUCACACAUUGGAGAACCUCAACGCUUACAGAAGAAUGCGUAAGGAGCAGGUUCGCGCUUACUACUCUGGCAUGACACACGAACAACAGUGGGAUGACAAGAACGCUAUGAAGGAAAUCGAUGUCGAUGCUAAGCCAGCCAAGGCAGCUAAGCCACAAAUCGAAGAAGACCUCAUCCCGUAA